AUAGCCUGGUCCAGUCCUCCAGCCACACGGCACUCUGAUCCACAUCACAGCUGCAGUAAGGUGACAGAGGGACGGGAGAAACUCGCUAAACCUGAGCUCCAUUACGCUAAUUAGCACAUGUAUGCAAGUCGCAUGCCAGUUGUGUAUAUGGUGUAGUUAGUGUGAAUGUCUGUUGAUCACGGCUAGUGUGAUACUCUACUGAAGAGUGACAGACAGACCGGGAGAUGAUUGAACUGGGCCUUGCAGACGGGAGUCUGAUUGAUGAACUGAUGGAGCUGACAGCCCAGAGUCUGAGCCACCUGGAGAUCAAAGAGCACUUCAACAUUAUCAAGGAGAUCGGCCGGGGGAAGUACGGCAAGGUACUGCUGGUUACCCAUCGUUGUAGGGGAACACCGAUGGCUUUGAAAGUGAUGCCAAAAGCCUCCACCAAACUCCAGGGAUUCCUGCGGGAGUACUGCAUCUCCUUGCAUCUCUCCUGCCACCCCUGCAUUGUAGGUCUCUUCGGAAUUGCCUUCCAGUCCAAUGAGCACUACGGCUUUGCCCAGGAGCUUGUAAUUGGGAGGGACCUUUUUGCCGUCAUCCAACCAAAAGUGGGUAUCCCGGAGUGUGCGGUGAAGCGUUGCGUCCUGCAGAUCGCCAGUGCCCUGGAGUUCAUCCAUGAGCACGGCCUUGUCCACCGCGACAUAAAGCCUGAGAACAUCCUGCUGCUGGACAGCCACUGCUGCCGGGUCAAACUGGCGGACUUCGGCCUGGCUCAGAAGAAGGGCACACUGAUCCGCUUCAUCUCUGGCACGCUGCCCUACAUGGCCCCGGAGCUGUGCGCCGUGGCUUUGGAAGAGGGCCAGACGGAGGUGACGGCAACGCCGCUCAGCGUGGAGCCCAGCCUGGACACCUGGGCUUUUGGUGUGGUUAUCUUCUGCAUCCUCACUGGUUACUUCCCCUGGGAGCGCUGCAUGGCCUCCGAUGACUUCUACCAGGAGUUUGCUGAUUGGUGCCAGGCACCCAAUUUGGAGGAUGUCCCACCGCUGUGGAAGAGAUUCACCCCUGAUGCCAUGGAGAUGUUCAGCAGGCUGUUGGCGCUGGAUGCUAACAAGAGGAGCACGGUAGGAGAGGUUAGGUCCUAUGUGGAAAAGGACUGGUUGAUGCCGACUCUAGUGGACGCCAAUGGACUGCAACCGGAGAAUGGCAAGUUCAGCGCAACCUACUCCACCUCACAGAGCAGUUCUGUCCAGAAGGAGAUGGAAUGAGCUCUGAGACACCUGUGUAAAUCACCUCCGGUUCAUGGAAUCAACUUUAAAGGGGCACAAUGUGUGCAUUUGACCCCACUCUUACAAUGCACCGAUAAAAAAAGGACCUGAAUUACACUCAUUGGCCCUCAUUCAUGAAAUGUGGGCACAAUCAAAUUUGAUCUUAAAAUGAUCUUAGGAACAUUUCACCGACAGCUGGUAUUCAUCAAUAUUAUAUUUGUCGCUUACGAUCAAACCCACGUCUGGUCGGAGACCAUGUAAACCAACGUAAUAAAAUAAAAUCAUGCUUGAUUUGCAAUAAGACUAUCAUUAUCACGAAAAACAACAAACAGCCACAGUAACAAACAUAAUAAUAAUAGGUAUGCCUAAUAUAAAAUAAGAUGAUGAUUAAUAUAACACACAAACGUACCACAAUAUUAAAUAUUGCAUCACCAACGUACGCUAAUAUUGUAUUAUUUAUUUCACUUUAUUCUGCAUUUUCCAUCUGUUUGUCCCUGGUAAGCUUCGAAAUGCCUUAGUGUAUGCGCUAGACAAAUAAACUUGCUUGCCUUGUUUUCCCAAGUCACUCAGGCCGUAUCGACAUAUUUGGAGAUCAUAAAUACUCGUUAUAAUUUCGGUGGCUGGCAUCUUGAUUAGCUAAAUGGUCUUAAAUUGACCAGUGAGAUGAUAAAUAAAUCAGUGGUGGAAAGUGCUCAGUAACUGCGCCGAUUUUGUCAUGGAGAAUGAUAAAUGGUUAAUUAGCUGUUUCAGGCUACAAUUUAUGCUGAAAUCUGUCCAUUCAUAGGCUGCUGAUCACCACACCCAAAUAAAUUACAGGUGUUAUAUGACAGGUGCAGGGCGUUCUCGCGUCCACGGCUUUAUCCGAUUUACCAAGACAUCUACGCAAAUUUCAACCAGGUGCGACAGUUUCAUGAAUCACACUUAAAGAUCACCGUAAAUCUCUCCCAACGUUCGAAUCUGAGAUCUUUUCUGAGAAGGUUUCAUGAAUGAGGGCCACUGUCUUAUGUCAGUCCCGAGAGUCAUGUGAAGUGAAGGGGGAGAGCUGUGUACUGAAAGAGUUUACUGAAAGGAGAAGUAUUUAAUUGGGAUUGAGCUCAAACCAACUCUGAGGCUGGACUAAAGUGUGUGUAUAGCGGUAACCUGAGGAAUGUAAUAAUGCAACAUAAAUCACAAGCAUUCAUACCUGCUGUGACCUGAGGAAUGUAGGAAAACACCAGUUAUUUAUAACAAUGUGUUGAUGUAUUUUAGAAGAUCUCACCGCACUUAUCGAAGUAAACUUCUCCCUCUAUAAUUUAUAUUAUAGAUGGAGAUUGUGCAGUGCAUUCAAGAUGGCAGAAUUAAGACGUUCACUGUGCCAGUAUUCACUGAGUGUUUUUGUAGUGUUUCACAUGUUUAGUUUGUUCUUUAAAUCUCAGUUUGACCAUGCCUGUGCUUUGAUUAUUGACAUGACCUUGAUAAAUGCACACUUAAAAAUAUAUAUACAGAAUAUAAAUCUACAGUGCAAUGAAUGCCAACAUGAAAACAAUUAUGAACAGAUGUCGAUAAUCCUCUAGUGAGACAUUUUCACGUUUUCGGCAAGCCCCAGAUCUUUCCUAGUUGUUUAAAUUGAAUUACAUUUAAAUUAAAGCCAUGAAAUUAGGAGCCAUUACAUAACAAUGAACUAUAUAAAUGAAUCUUUGAAAUCUGCUUUUUGUUUUUGUGGAAAUUCAAAGACAUUAUUGAGUAGGGGUUGCAUUUAAAGUUGUUGACAGUGUUUGGGUCUGGUUUUGGUAUGAACAAAUAAAGAUUAUUUAUGUCUUC